AUGGCAGCGACUGCUUCUAGCCGCCAAGCUUGGCGCCAGCUGAUGGGCAACACCAGCCGCGGACCUGCUUCGAACAUCCUGCGCCAGCAGCAACAACAAUACCGAUCCGCCUUCUGCCGACAGAUCUCUUCUACAACACGGGCUUCCUCCCGCCGCACCGUAUCGCAACCCCCGUCCUUCGCUCUCCGCCAACAACCGCUCGCCCAACGCUCGUACAGCUCUGGUUCGCAGGGGAAGAAUACCCCGCCAAAGGGCAGCAACAACCAGGUCAAAUUCUGGCCGUUUUUGAUCGUCAUUGCGCUUGGCUCUGGGGGUUAUAUGCUUCUGAUCAACAGGCAGACCAAAAUGCCUCCCACCACUAGCAACACCACCACCGACGGCCGGUCAACGCCCGCCUUCUCCCCCGCCGACGUAACCGUCCUCUUCGUGCUGGGCGGCCCCGGCGCGGGAAAGGGCACGCAGUGCGCGCGCCUGGUCCGCGACUACCACUUCACGCACCUGUCGGCGGGCGACCUGCUGCGAGCAGAACAAGACCGGCCCGGCAGCCAGUACGGGCAGCUGAUCCGCGACUGCAUCAAGAACGGGGACAUUGUGCCGAUGGAGGUGACGGUGGCGCUGCUGGAGAACGCGAUGCGCGAUGCGAUCCAGGCCUCUGGCGGUCGUAAUGGAAAAUUCCUGAUUGACGGCUUCCCGCGCAAGAUGGACCAGGCGCUCAAGUUCGAGGAGGUGGUGUGCCCGGCCAAGCUGGUGCUCUUCUACGACUGCCCCGAGGCCGAGAUGGAGCGGCGCCUGCUGGAGCGUGGCAAGACGAGCGGCCGCGCCGACGACAACGCCGAGAGUAUCCGCAAGCGCUUCCGCACCUUUGUCGAGACCAGUAUGCCGGUUGUGGACCACUACGAGAAGGAGAACCGCGUCGUCAAGGUCAACGCCACGGAUACGCCUGACGGCGUCUACGCUGAUACCCAAGCGCGUCUGAGGAAGGUUUUGGGGGACAAGUUCUGA